UAAACAAUAUUUUACCUGGCGCCCUCAGCAGAAUCAUUACCACAAGCCAAAGGUACGUUCAGCAUUUCAACUGCCAUUUAAGAUACCAAGGUUUAGUGCUGUAGUGUUGUGAAGAAGAAGGCGUUUUGCUUCUCUUUGUGGUACUUACCAUGUCUCACAUGAAGCCGCCGGCAGGAGAACCGUCACAAGAAGCAGCCGACAAAGCAUCAAGUUCGACGGGAACUGUGGAACCAGAAGAAACCAGCAAAGCAAUAAGUUCCAAAACACUCGCGUUGACUGUGUGCUCGGCUGCCAUAGGAGGCACCUUCCAGUAUGGAUACAAUAUUUCAAUGAUCAACUCUCCCACCAGCUACAUCCAGACGUUCAUCAAUAAUACAUACACAGCACGCUGCGGCACUGCCUUGGAAACUACUCACGUCACUUUGGUUUGGACUCUUAUUGUGUCAGCUUUCCCUCUGGGAGGUCUACUCGGAGCCCUACUAGCCGGACCAAUGGCGGUCCGCUUUGGAAGGAAGAAUUCUCUGCUUUUUAACAACUCAUUUUUGUUCGUAGGUGCUGUUUUGGUUCUGCUGUGCAGGCACGCAAAAUCAUUCGAGAUGAUCAUCUUCGCUCGGUUCCUAGUGGGCAUUAACUCAGGGGUCAGUAUGAAUGUCCAGCCUAUGUACUUUGGGGAAAGCGCCCCCAAACACCUCAGGGGCGCUGUGGCAUUUUCCUCUGCUGUUUUUACGGCGUUUGGGAUUUUCUCAGGUCAAGUUGUGGGGCUGACUGUGGUGUUGGGAACCGAACAUCUCUGGCCCUACCUACUAGCCAGCAACAUGCUGCCAGGGUUGAUCCAGAUGCUCACGCUACCUUGGUUCCCGGAAAGCCCCAGAUAUCUGCUCAUUGACAAGGGAGACCGUGAAGCGUGCAUCCGGGCACUAGAGAGACUCCGUGGUGGCGUGGCUCCAGUUUUGGAAAUACAAGAAAUAGUUGAAGAACAGCAGAGGUAUUCCAAUCCUGGAUCUGCAGCUUCUGCGAAGACGCCCUGGUCCCUUUUUAAGGAUCCUAACUUACGAUCCCAGCUCCGAACGGUCAUGGUGGCAAGCAGUGCCAUGAUGCUCUGUGGCAAUGACUCCAUCUACUUCUACGCGUCCUACAUAUUUCUUAAGGCAGGCAUCCCCAGAGACAAAAUCCAAUAUGCCACCAUUGGCACAGGGGCAUCUGAACUGACUGCUUCCAUCCUGAGCAACUUCCUGAUUGAACGAGUGGGCCGCAAGUGUCUUCUUGUUGGGGGCUACACUCUUAUGUCUUGCUGGACUGUCGUCUUCACAGUAGCCCUCACACUGCAACAACGAGGAGUCGAAGGGAUGUCCACCCUCAGCAUGGUAUGCGUGUUCGCCUACAUCCUGAGCUUCGGCUUGGGCCCUGCAGGUGUGACAGGGAUCCUGCCCGCAGAGAUCUUUGACCAGUCGGCUCGUCCGGCAGCGUACAUGGUUGCCGGAUCGCUAAUGUGGCUCAGUCUGCUCCUGGUGGGAAUGUUGUUUCCCUUCAUUGUCGGAAGUCUGGGGAGCGUCUGCUUCCUGCCGUUCUUGGCUGUGUGUUUGCUGUCGGCUGUGUUUUUGGGGCUCACGUUCCCAGAGACAAAAGGCAAGAGCCUGGCUGAGAUCACCGCAGAGUUCGAUAGAAAGAACGGAUGGAAGAUGCAGGGAAAGCAGGUGGAGGAUCACAUUGAGCAGGAGGAAGUCUUUACUUUCUUCCCAGAAGAUCUUGACCAUGAGGACUGAACUCAGGAAACUGGGCGUCUUCUGCAUCUUACAGAAAAUCCCAGUGUUCUGAUCAUUGGUUUAUGAAAGUCUAUGCAGAAGUGCUUGCUGUAUCUCUACCAAAAUAAUCUUCGGUUUAUGCUUUGUGACCUAAUCAGGAAGGUGUAGAAAAAAAGUCUUAUUAUUUUAUUUAUUAAAGCAUGCACUUUUGGAAGUAGAACUACUGUACUGUAGUCUCACCUGACUGAUAUGGCUACAACGUGACAUUACAGUUGCUGCAAUGAUUGUAAAACUGGAAAACCAGCAAGACAAUAAAUAGUCCACUUGAUUCUUUGUAAAUUCCACUUAUAGAAGUAUUGGAACGUAUUUACAUCUGAUCUUUGUCGGCAACUACUUUCCUUGUUCGAUUCAAUUAAUGUAUGUUACUUACAUGGCAGUACGCCAAUGGUUUGUUUCCUCUGCCAAAUACUGUCGCUGUAUUAGUAUGACCUGUAAUUGCUCAAAAGGUCAAAUUUGAGUUUCAAUUUUGUCUUAGUUUUGCACUUGUUUUUCAACCCAAGUACAGCUUUCUGGUUUUCAUGUUGGUUCCACCUAUAAUGAGUAUGACUGUAGUCUUCACAGGCAAAACCCAGAUCUGAAACUAAAAUAAGUGUAGACAUUCAGAAGUAUUGAAUGAAUCGAUGGUUUAAUAGGACACAACUGGGUAACAAAACACAUCUGUCAAUCACAUGUUGUUAUACUUUUAAAUACUUUAAAAUUUCCACUCAUUGAAAUGGGUGAAUUUAAAAAAAAAAUUGUGGUAUCUACCAAGUUGUUUGUCAGAUCCAGAUGUAAGUACAUAGAAAUAAAAAACUGAAAUGUUGGUCUCUUCUAAUGUUCACCACAAUAUUUUC